GAUGCGUUUGAAUUUAAAUGUCCUCGGAAAUAAGAUGAAUUCGUUUGAGUAAUUUAUAGAAAUAACAUUUUGUCAUUGUUUUAAUAUUUAUCUAAAUUGUGUCUGUACUUUUUUUUAUUGCAUUUAUAUCCGUAAAUUGUAAAACAAUGGAUACCAUUCCUUAUUUUGCAUUUUUGUGCUGUGCGAUUUGUGCGAUCUGUCCGGUUUGCGAAGGCAUUGUGAAACCAGGCCAGUGCCCUGUUGCACCAAAGGGAACAAAUACAAUCUGUCUCGUACAGUGUCAAGGUGACGAUUCCUGUCCAGGCGACCAGAAGUGUUGUAGCUAUGGAUGUCAUGUGUCGUGCACAAAUCCACUUGGAAAGUCAUGCAAUUAUAAGGGAGGCGUCUACAAAGACGGUGCACAGUUUAAGGACGAGUGCAAUACUUGUCAGUGUUCCAACGGUGCCGUAACGUGUACAAAAAUUGGCUGCCUAGGGAAAGGGCAGUCGUGUGUUGUAAAUGGCAAAAUAUACCAAGAUGGUGAAACAUUCAACAUCGAUUGCAAUGGCUGUUCAUGUCAGAAUGGUUCACCAGUUUGCACUAUGAUUGCAUGUGAAGUCAAAACAUGCAAUUAUAAAGGAAAAGUGUACAAAGAAGGAGAAAGCUUCAAAGACGACUGUAAUACAUGUACAUGUUCGAAUGGUUACGCUGCCUGCACACAAAUUGCAUGUCCACUUCCUGACAAAUGUGCCGGUGUUGCGUGUCUUACAAUCUUCUGCGAGGGUCAGUAUAAACCACCAGGGGAGUGUUGCUUCGUGUGUCCUUGCUUCUAUAAGGGGAAAAUGUACAAACAGGGUGAAAGCUUCAUGGACGAUUGCAACAGCUGCACAUGCGGUAUUAAUGGAGGAGUUAGCUGUACAAAGAAAGCCUGCAGUGGCACUGAUAAGCCAGGAACAUGCCCCAAAUUUCCACCCGGAAACCUGUUGCCAUGCGUGAAAUUGUGCGAUUCAGACUUUGAUUGCCCCGAGCAACAGAAAUGUUGUUCCACCGGAUGUGGCCGUAGCUGCUCUAUUCCGGACGGUGUCUUCACUGGCUGUGUACUUAACGGCAAAAAGUACAUAGAAGGAGAACAACUACCAACCGACCCUAAAGAUCCCUGUAAGCGAUGCACUUGUACAGGCGGACAAGUGAAAUGUGACUCGAUCGUAUGUCCAGCCUGCGCAGGCUACAGGCCGCCAGGUGCAUGCUGUAAUAUUUGUGGCGCCAGACCACCACAUUACUAACUAUUUAUAUGGAAAACAAACCCAUCUUCUGAAAACUGAAUCCUCAUCUUGCAAUAUUUUCGAUUGGCCUAUAACAAACGAUUUACCUGACAAAAGCUAAAUGGCAUUUCAUUAUACGAAAACCAACUGUUAGCAAUGUCGUAUGUGCAGAUAAAAUUACAUGCUUUAAUGAGAUGGUUUGACUGUAUUUUCUAGACAAUAGCUUAGUUAGAUGAAUUUAGAAAUGUAUGCAUUUUUUCUUUUGAAUUGAAGUAUUAAACUGCAAAGACAU